AUGGAGGCUGGAGGCUGGUGGCUGGCCUCCAUCUCCAAUUUUGUUUGCCAGGCUAUGGGCACUAAAAGUCCGGGAAUCAACUUCUGUCCUUGUUUGGACCUUCAUCUUCAACAGCUUGAGACAAAUGGAACUCGUAACCAGAACCAAACCCACCCAAAAGAGAACCAGGAGGAUCGGCAAAAUUUAUCCUCUAUUUCUGUUGAUAGUGUGAAGCACUGUAAAAGAUGCAUUGUGCCCUUCAAAGAACUAACAGAUUGUGAAGUGCCUUAUUUCACAGGGAGGAACUCUGAUCGUAGGUGUCCUAUCCUUUCAGUGCUUUUCCGUGAACCUGACGGACAUUGGAGAACUGUGGCACUGCCGCCGCUAUGUCCUGACAAUAUAAAUCACUUGGUAUCUGGUACUCUGGUCAAUAUGGAUACUCUGCAUCUGGUUUACCCACCACCAAUUAAUCCAUUCAAGGUUAAUCGACAAAAGAUGCGGAAAGGGCCUCCUCUUGAUUUUACUUAUUCUGUCAAGUCAUUUACAGGUAGAAGGUUCACUGGCUCAGCUGUACGUCACCAAUCUCGAAAUAAGACUUUGGCAAAUAAAGCUACUAAAUGGAAUGAACUUUCCCGGAAAUCUUUCCAUAAUGGCUGCAGUGAUUCCUCAAGUACCAUCCCAAAUGGUUCUAACUCUUUUAAUUCCUCAACUAUGAGCAUUGGUAAUAAAAAAAUAAACAGCAUUGCAAAAAGAAGUUCCAGAAAGAAGAGUAGAAAGAAGGGAAAACAGAGCACGAAGGUGUCUAAUGAACCGGAAGUGUUGUCUCAGGAAUAUGCCAAUGGAAGUUCAGCUUCUGAACCCUGUGGUAACAAUGAUGGGGACGGACAAGUGUCGUCUUCAACUGCACCAGAAAUUUCAUUGCCAGAUAGCGGCCCCAAGAAUUCUGAAACACCAAACACGAGUGAUGAGGUUGGUAUUCCUUCUGUUGGCAAUUUUGAAAAUCAGCUUCUACUUAAAGACUCUGGAUUUCCCAUCUUUGAUGACAUGGAGGGUAUUCAUACACAGGUGAGCUGUUACAGUGAUAUGUAUACCAAAGACAAUUAUGAUCACACUGAGGAAGCAAGACAUGGUAUUCAGGGUUGUCGCAGUAAUGACAUGCAAUUGGUUGUGCCUAACAAGAGAAGUAAACAAAACAAAGUAGCACCGCGAACUGCAAAUGUCUCUAAAUUUGGAAGUAAUGGAAAUCUGCAUAUUCGUAUAGGAAAGGAAAACAAUCAUUCUGUCUGGCAAAAGGUCCAGAGGAAUGAUUCCAGUGACUGCACUGGUGAGUUGAAAAAGGCAAGUUCUGUUUACUCACGGCUUGAUCUCCCUUUGAGAGAGGCUCCCUUGCUUAAAAGAACCUCUAAUGUUGCUGAUGUAAAUGCCUUUUCGAAGAGUGAGGAUAAAAAGCAGCAAAAAGAGAAGGUCUCUAAGAAAUUGAAAAGAAAAACCGGGCCAUCUUUGAAACAAGAAUACAAUUUUUAUUCCAGAAAGGGUUCGCAUGCCAGCAUUGCUGGCUUAGAUGGUUGUGCGAAGGCCAGGAUGGAUCAGAAUGAUAUAUUGGAUAUCUCUUCUCAGUUGAAGGAUAAGAAAUCCUUAAGUCUUGUUUCGAGAUCUUGUUCUCCGCCUAGCUGUCCAAGGGGUGGAUAUCAGAGCAGCAAAGUAGAAUGCAUGAUGUCUGAAUCAGGUCACAACAUGAAACUUUGUCAAAAUGAAAUGGAUCAUUUUGAAAGUGUCUGUGUAGGAAACAAGAAUAGCUUGGUGCAAAGAAAAUGGGAUUCCUUGAGUGAAUCAAAUCUGCUUCAGUUGCAGUCUCCAGUCUACCUUCCUCAUUUACUUUGUAACGCAAGAAGUCAAGAAGUACAGAAAGAAGUUUCUCUUGCGGAAAGCAGCAGGCAAAACUCUAGUAGUUCUGGAUCUCUUACACACAAGUGGAUGCCGAUUGGGUUGAAGAAUCCUGGGUUGCCAAGCUCUACUAGAUCUGGCAGUUCAUCUCUUGAACAUUCUGAUGAGGCUGCUUCUAAGAGAUGGGCUCUUAAAGACACUGCUAAAGGGAAUGUGGUGUCCAAUGCUCAAAAUCUAGUUUCUAAAGUUGCAGUAGGGUGCACAGGUCAGAAUUCUGAAGAUGUAACCUGUUCUUCUGAUGCAAUUGAUGGAAGGCUUUCAAAAUCAAGCACAAUUGAAGAUCUGGCCAAUAACAAGCUUGAUGUAGCAAACUGCAUCAAUGAUUCUGCAGUAUCCAAAGAUCUCAAUGUAUUUGAAGCAGAGUCAAACAGAAUACUUGAAGCAGUGAAUAAUGCUUGUAGGGCACAAUUGGCAUCCGAAGCUGUUCAAAUGGCCACUGGCCGUCCAAUUGCUGAAUUUGAACGACUUCUUUAUUAUUCCUCCCCUGUUAUCCAUCAAUCGCCGAAUUCUAUAAGUUGUCAUACUUGCUGCUCAAGGAACCAGGUGGAUCAGGUUGAUGGUGUGUCAUUUUGCAGACAUGAGACACCUCACAUCACUUUAGGAUGCCUAUGGCAGUGGUAUGAGAAAUAUGGUAGUUAUGGGCUGGAAAUAAGGGCAGAGGAAUUUGGAAAUUCAAAGAGGUUGGGUGCUGAUCAUUUUGCAUUUCGUGCUUAUUUUGUCCCCUAUUUGUCAGGAAUUCAGCUUUUCAGGAACGGUAGAAGUACUGAUUCUGUAGAUAUUAACAAUAGGCUUCGUAGUUCUCAGGAGUUAAGCACAUGCAGGAUCAAACAAUCUUCAGCUGCUGCCAAAGAUGUAUCUGCUCAAUUGGCUGACACAACAGGGUCCAGUGAUUUAGAGCUACUAUUUGAAUAUUUUGAAUCAGAACAACCUCAGGAGAGACGACCUUUAUAUGACAAGAUAAAGGAGCUUGUUAGAGGUGAUGGACUGUCACAUUCCAAAGUAUAUGGAGAUCCAACUAAACUAGACUCUAUAAAUCUAAAUGAUCUGCAUCCCAGAUCCUGGUACUCAGUGGCAUGGUAUCCUAUUUACAGGAUACCUGAUGGCAACUUCCGUGCGGCAUUUCUAACUUACCAUUCACUUGGUCAUUUGGUCCAUAGACAUGCCAAAUUUGAGUCUCGUAAUGUGGACUCUUGUAUGGUAUCUCCAGUUGUAGGUCUUCGAAGUUACAAUGCUCAGGAUGAAUGCUGGUUCCAGCUAAGGCCCUCAACACUGAGGCAGACAACAGUAACACCGGGCUUAAACCCUUAUGCAGUACUAGAAGAGCGUUUGAGGACACUUGAGGAGACAGCGUCUCUUAUGGCAAGAGCUGUUGUGAACAAAGGAAGUAUGACAUCUGUAAACAGGCAUCCGGACUAUGAAUUCUUCCUCUCCAGGCAACGCUGGUGA